AUGCGCAAUUCUGCUUCAUCUUCGGUGCAAUCCUUCCCAUCCUCUGCAGACAAAGGGUUCAUUCUGUGCUGGAAUUUAAAUGACUUCGAAUUUCCUACACAUCUUAUAGUAGGGUUAAAGGUCCUCCUGGGAUCUUCCUUAGUUAACACUGGAAGCAGAGCUGUGGGUUUGUCUUCCCAGCACAAACAAUGCUUUAAUUUUAUUUCUAAUUUUUUUUUUUUCUGGUUUGGCGGGAAGGGUGGGUGAUCCAUGUAUUUUACAUAUUUGUUGAUUUUUUUUUUUUUUUCUUAAUGAAUUUGCAUGUGACUGUCUUAGUGCUGAGCGUGUGGGCAGCUAACAUGACGUACAAUCAUUUACAAAGCUCCUGCUAGUUUGCAACUUUGCAAGCAAAUUAUAAGGUAGUCUGCCCACAUCUCUGUUUUGGGCCUCCGUUACUACAGCAACUGUAAGUUUAAGAGCUCACUCCCUGCUGGAACAAAACCGCCAAAGCGUGGCUGCUCCCCACUACAACUCCCAGCAUCCACAGCCGUUGCCAAGCACUAGAUCAGGGUUGAGUAAAUUGGCUUACAACCAAUCCUCAUGGCAGGCCAAAAACAGACGGUGGCUAUUUGCCCAUUUCUAAUGGAAUUCUUGAAUCUUUCUGAUGUGUAGUGAUACACACAGCUGGCAAGCUUCUCCCCAAAGCUAAGCUAUAUCAUUUUCAUGUUUUAAUUAAAAACUGUGCAGGUCGUACGUGGAAUAUAAACCGAUGUUUAAUUAUUUCUUCAUAUGAUUUGUUUUUCAAUUUAGCUCCCUUGCUAUGAUAAUAUUUCUGCUGGCUUGCUGCUUUUCUUUUUUUAUUGUCCUCUCCCCAUCACUGCUUGUAGGAUUUAUUAUUGUACUUGUGAACAUUAAAUCUUCAGGACAUGUUGCAGCAAAGCUUGUGCAGGCUGUGAAUUAGUGAGGCCGUGGUUCUCUUGUGCCGCACUGCAGUGUGGGAAUGAAAGAUUAAUCUGACCCUCUUCUGUCUGUUUUGCAGGUGGGAGAAUCUGUUCGUUUUCUCCUUGCAUAGAGCAAGUCCAGAGAACCUGCCGAUCCCUGGAGGAACACGGAUUCACCGAUAUCAACACCUUAGAAAUUCUCCUACGAGUGCAUGACGUACGGACUAUUAGUAUGCAAAUUCCCGAUCUCGGGAAACCUUCUGGGGACAGAGCGAGUCCAGCAUCUGAAGGCAACGAGGGGUCCAAACAGAUGUCUGCAUCCCAACAUCCAUGUGAAACAUUCAAAACUGGAGUUCCACCCAGAGAAACAGUGGGUCACACAGGGUACCUGACCUUCGCCACCAAGAAUUUAUUUUAG